AAGACGUGACAUUUCUGGACAUAACUCUGUCAGUGUUCCAGAUUGUUGGCCACCGAGCUGCUUAAUUUGACCAAGUAAAGUGCUGCUUGAUCAAGAAGUCUCUGCUUGGGUUAUCUGAUUAGACUGAUACGGUAUCUCAAGUUUAAGUAAAGAACUGGGAUCUUACAGGCAAACAGCUUGCUGCACAGAGUUGAAGCUAUGGUGCUGAUCAGAGUGCUAGCAAACCUUCUGAUACUACAGCUUUCUUACGCACAAAAGUCUUCUGAGCUGGUCAUUGGAGGUGAUGAAUGUAACAUAAAUGAACAUCGUUUCCUUGUAGCCUUGUAUGAAUAUUGGUCUCAGAGUUUUCUCUGCGGUGGGACUUUGCUCAACGAGGAAUGGGUGCUCACCGCUAAACACUGCAACAGGAAACAUAUCUUAAUAUACGUUGGUGUGCAUGACCGAAGUGUGCAAUUUGACAAGGAGCAGAGAAGAUUCCCAAAGGAGAAGUACUUUUUUGACUGUACCAAUAACUUUACCAAAUGGGACAAGGACAUUAUGUUGAUCAGGCUGAACAAACCUGUUAGUUACAGUGAACACAUCGCGCCUCUCAGCUUGCCUUCCAUCCCUCCCAUUGUGGGAUCAGUUUGCCGUGUUAUGGGAUGGGGCCAAAUCACAUCUCCUCAAGAGACUUUGCCCGAUGUCCCUCAUUGUGCUAACAUUAACCUACUCGAUUAUGAAGUGUGUCGAGCAGCUCACCCACAACUGAGGUUGCCAGCGACAAGCAGAACAUUCUGUGCAGGUGUCCUGGAAGGAGGCAUAGAUACAUGUAAUCGUGACUCUGGGGGACCCAUCAUCUGUAAUGGGCAAUUCCAGGGCAUUGUAUUUUGGGGACCCGAUCCUUGUGCCCAACCGGAUAAGCCUGGCCUCUACACCAAGGUCUUCGAUCAUCUUGACUGGAUCCAGAGCAUUAUUGCAGGAGAGAAAACUGUGAAUUGCCCCCCGUGAAAACUUUUGAAAAAGUUAUGAGAGAAAAUGUAACAUAUUACUACAUCUCUUCUAUAUCCCUAACCAUAUCCAACUACAUUGGAAUAUAUUCCCAGGCAGUAAGCUGUUUUUUAGACUCAAAUAGGACUGCCUUUGGAGUAAGAAAUGCUCAAAAUAGUGCUGCAGGGAUCAUGUCCAAUUUAAUUUCAGUAUAAAACAAUCUCAGUAAAAUGGAAGCCUGUUUUAGGGUGAGGUGCAAACUUUUCUGACUCUAAAAUGGACCAUUCCAAAUAUUUUAACCUCUGAAUAUCUUUCCAUUUCUGUCCACCUCUGGGACAGUAGGGUCCUUGAUGCUCUCUGAGUUUCUCUUCUUGCAGACGUUUUAUUACCCAGCUAGGUAACAUCAUCAUGCUAGAAUAUUCUCUUCUAUUGGUACUUCUGUGGCAUUUACAAUAUGCUCAUAUGGAGUCAUGCAGCCACCCCACAAACAUAUCCAUAUACCCAGGUCCCACUGUUGCCUAAAAAGGAUCCCAGAUUACCCCCCACUUUCCAAUCACUAAAUAGAAUCUUUUGAGAAUCAUGUUUUCAUGUAAAUUUUCAGGUAUCUACAGCAAUAAAAUUGUAUAAAUCGUUGCUGGUUUUCCGAACCUUUGGUUUUGCAAAGAAAUGGCCUGUUAAAUGGCAGCAUUUGACCAACUGGGCUUAAAAGCUGAAAAAGCUUUGAUCUGGACUUCCGGUUUUGUGUGCUUUAAACUGAGUGAGGAAUUUGAUCUUCUCUUUUCUAUUCUAUAUUUUGAUUCCUGGAAAAGAUCCCCAAGAAGCAAAAUGCCUCUAAAUGGGAAGGAGGGGGAUUUCUGCCCCACCCUUAUACAAAUGGAAGUGGCAACUUAAUCUUUUUAUGGAGGAUCAAAAUAUAUGGAAUGGAAACAAAUAUAAAACCUGAAAUUUAAAACUCAAAUCUGAAUAAAUCUAAAAUUGUUGAAUGGUUAAGACUCUCAUUCUAAAGAUAAUAGUUCAUUUUGAAUAUUAAAAACAAAUAGAUGCUGACACCUAUUGAAAGAAGUAUAAAUAUCAGAAAAAAAAUCUUUUUUGAACAAUUUGGAAUACAAACAUCUAUUUAAUCGGGACCCUAAAGCUAUUUGCAGAGAAAAGAAAAGAAGAGAAAAACUCAAAUUCUUGGCCAUCAUAGAUCAGAGACAUGUAGAAAGAAUAUAUCAAGAAAGCAUAAAUACUCCAUAGGAGGAGAUAAGUUGUAUACUGCAACUAAUUCAAAUAACAAUGAUUUUAAACCAGAAAGAAAUCCAAAAUAACUUUGAAAAUAUAAAUCAAUCUAUUUCCAAGUUAACUCUACAACAACAAAAAUUCCCAGAAAAAAACAUUAGAGAAGGAGCAGAUACAAUAGAUAAAUGGAUACAAAAUUGAGAAUAGAGACUUAAAGAUGGAAUUUAACAAAACAAGGAAACAUGAUUUAAUCCCUGUGGGGGGAAAAACCACAAGAAUUGGAAAAAAACUACUUAUCCCUUAAGAUUGAAAAAUAAAUCUGAGGACAAGAAAACAGAUUGGAUAAAAUGGUCUGCAGAAAUGUCCGGAAUAUCGGAGAGAAAGGAAAUGAUAAGAGAAGCAGAGAGAAAGAAAUAAAGAUUUUCAACAAACAUGGAAAGGCAGAAGCCCCGUACAAAGGCACUUCAUCUAAUUUACUUUUUAUAUCUACAUUAACAUUUAUAAACAUAUGGAAGAACUUUUUGACUCAGCAAAAUACAUUGAUUAAGAAAGAUACUGAGCAAAGAAAAAAGGCCAAAGUGGGAAUAAAAAAAAUAGAUGAUGGGACCUACCAGAGAGAAUA